AUGGAAUUCUCUGAAGAAAUUCCAAUGAAAGGUGGAGACGGCAUCCAUGGCUAUGCUAACAAUUCCUCUCUCCAGAGAGAAGCUAUAGAUGUUGCCAAAAAACUUGUAAAUGAAGCAAUUGCGGAAAAGCUCGACAUAGGAGCUCUUGUUUCUUCAAAAACCUUUUGCAUUGCAGAUUUGGGAUGCUCAGUUGGGCCUAACACAUUUAUAGCAGUUGAAAACAUAAUCGAAGCUGUGAAGUUGAAGUAUCAAAGCCAAAGCCCGGCUUCCAAAAUCCCAGAAUUUCAAGUCUUCUUUAAUGAUCAUGCCUCUAAUGAUUUCAACUUCCUCUUCACAUCCCUCUCUAAGGAUAGAGAAUAUUAUGUUGUAGGUUUGCCGGGCUCUUUCCAUUGUCGAAUAUUUCCGGAGGCUUCUCUUCACAUUGUGCAUGCUUCUUCUUCCAUCCAUUGGCUUUCCAGGGUACCAAAAGAGGUAAUGAACAAGAACUCUCCAGCUUGGAAUGGAGGACGGAUUCAUUACACUAAUUCCGCAGAUGAAGUAAUCCGGGCUUAUAAAGCUCAAUAUGAUGAGGACACGGAUCGAUUCCUGCAAGCCAGGGCUCAUGAGGUUGUGUUUGGUGGGUUGAUGUUACUCAUCUUUUCUAGCAUCCCCAACGGAACUCUUCAUUCUCAACCUUUAGAAAAUAUUUUUUUCCACCUUUUGGGUUCUUGCCUUAUGGACAUGGCUAAGAAGGGAAUUAUUUGUGAAGAGAAAGUGGAUUCCUUUAACAUACCAUACUAUGUCCCAACUCCUGAAGAAUUCGAAGCUGCUGUCGAACGAAAUGGAUGUUUUAGCAUUGAGAGAAAAGAAAAUGCUCGGGGAGUUUUUGUGAGUAAAAAUCUUCCUAAUGCACAUAUUUUUGCAUCCCAUCUGAGAGCUGGUAUGGAGGGAAGACUCAAGCAGCAUUUCGGAGGCGAUAUUAUAGACGAGCUCUUUAACUUGUACCACAAGAAAGUAGAAGAAAUGGUCCCCUUUAUGCUAGAAUCUGGGAAAAGAAUGGACUUAUUUGUUCUGCUUAAACGCAAAGCAGACAUCUCUCCUUUGGUCCCAUAG